GAAAAAAGGGGGAAAAAAUUAGUUCUUCCUUCUCCCUGAAGAAGGGAGGAAGGCAGGCGAGUAUUACUAGAAUUUCCCAAAAAUUUACAGCUAAAAUCCCUUGCUAGAUCCGUAUCUUUCCGCCUAAGUUUUUUCUCUAACUGGUACACUUGUUGGAAAGAAUGGAAAUGCUUACUACGUGUUGGAAAUUCUCUGUUUUUUGGUAGUAUUUUUGUUUAUAUUGAUUCUGCAUUUUUUUUCAUUCUGAAAUUGGUAAUCAAUGGCAGGAUGGUCGAAAAGAGUUGAUGGGUCAAAUCUAACGAGCUUCAGAAAACCCGAAAACCCAAAAACUCUUGUGAAAAAUGAAGUAGAUUACGAUAGUGCGAAACUGUUGUUCAUAGAAGUUUUUACUCUAUGCUUGGAAGAAGUUGCUGGGAGUUUGUGUUAUAGGCCAUUACCUCCGAUGUUGGGUGAUGGGAAACCAGUGGAUUUGUUCAAGCUUUACUUGGUUGUGAGGAAAAAUGGUGGGUAUCCAAGAGUUUCUGAAAAUGGGUUGUGGGGUUUAGUGGGUAUGGAUUGUGGGUUCGAUUCGAGUUAUGGGAUGGCUUUGAAAUUGGUUUAUGUUAAGUAUUUGGGUGUAUUAGAGAAAUGGAUGUUGAGAGUUAGGGAAAUUGAUGGUAGUAGUGUUAAGAGUAAGGUGAGUAAAUGUGAUUUGGGUUCAGGUGGGGAUGGAGUUCCUAUGGAUGUUGAGUUGGAUCUGAAGAAGGUUCUAAUGAAGAUUUCGGAUGAAAAAGCUAAAGAUGGUGAAAAUGGGAAAUGUAAAUUGAGGAAGAAAGGUGUUGAUACUACAGAUGGUGAUGAGGCUCGGGAUUUUGAUGGGUUGAAUGAAAGUAAUGAGAAAUUUGAUGGUCAAAGUAAUUUGGACAGCAAUGUGAUUACUGUAAAGGAUAUUGAUGAAACUAGGAGUGUUGUCUAUGACAAAGAACAUUUGAAGUCUGUCAAGGGAAGGGAAAGUGUUAGUGUUCUGCAUGGAAAUGGAACAGAUGAGUCGUUAACGAAGUCCACUAUGGUUGAGGAAGAUUGCAUUAGUAGGAAGAGGAAGCGAGAAUCUUACUUGGAUAUGGUGAAGUGGGUAAGUGAAGUUGCAAAAAAUCCUUGUGAUCUUGCCAUUGGUACUUUGCCAGAAAGGUCUAAGUGGAAGGAUUAUGGGACUGAAGUGGUUUGGAAGCAGGUUCUGCUGCUGCGAGAUGAAAUGCUUUUGAAAAAGGAUGUGGAUCCAUGUGCUCAGCAAUCAGUAUGGCAGAUAAAACAAAAGAUGCAUCCAUCUAUGUAUGAUGAGAAUUCUGGUUCCGGAAGAUUAAGAUGCAGCCAGCGAGUACUAUCUGCAAAAGAUUAUCUGAAAAAGAGGCGUGCACUGCAGUUUUCUGCGUCACCUUCAAGUUCUCAUAAUGACGAGGAUCAGGCCGAUGUACCAACCGGUUCUUCUGCAGAGUCGGCAAUUGGUUUUUGGUGGAAGCAGCGCAGAAAGAGAAUACCAGUUGGGCCACAGUUUCAAGCAGAUAUUCCCGAAUCGAUUGAGGAGAUCUAUGAAAGUGACUCUAAAUGGCUGGGCACUGGAAUCUGGCCGCUAGGCAAACCAGGGAAAAAAAGAGCCUUAGUUGACAGAGGUCCUAUAGGUAAAGGAAGACAAGAUAUCUGUAGCUGCAACACUCGAGGUUCUUAUGACUGUGUCAAGUUUCAUAUAUCCGAGAAAAGGAGGAAGCUUAAGAUUGAUUUGGGAUCAGCCUAUUCUGAGUGGAAAUUUGACUCUAUUGGUGAAGAAGUUGCACUUUCUUGGUCAAGAGAAGAAGAACACAAAUUUCAGGAUAUAGUUAAGUCGAACCCUUUGUCUGAGGAGAAAAGUUUCUGGAAUGAGGUUUUUAAGUUCUUUCCAAACAAAAGCAGGGAGUCUUUAGUAAGCUACUACUUUAACGUCUUCCUUCUACGCCGCAGAGCCAACCAGAAUAGGACUAAUGCUGGUAAUAUUGACAGUGAUGAUGAUGAAUCAGAAUAUGGACCUAGAUUUGAUUGUUUUGGGCGUGAUGCUAAGUACUCCAUCUUUCGUUCCCCAAGUAAAAACACAUCUGGAUCGGAGGUAGUACCAUGAAUCUUGAAAGAGCGAUCAUGGCAUUUCCCAGAACUGUAUAUUACCGGAGUUUUCUUGUGCUUUUGCUCUUCAGCAAGUUAUUUCUUUUACAACUGCAACACAUGAUCCCAUCUUGGAAUUGUACAAUUUUUGGGUCAGUGAAUUUUGGUGUUUCAAGGAUAUCGAUUUUUCUCUGUUUCUUAGCCUGCACAGCUUGUCCCCAUCGUUUUGAUCACAAACAUGUGAACACGAUCUCUCUUUAACAGCAAAACAUUUUUGUAAGUUGAUGUACACAUGCUGCUACAGUUUCUGAUAUCCUCAGGGUAUA